CAUAAACAGGCGCCGUUAAGGUUUACCGCCAGUUCAAAAUGGAGCCGGACAGGGAGGACAGCUCGGCGCUGACGGCUGCGUUGCUGUCCUCCGUCCUGAGCUUGAAUGUGGCUCCGGUUCUCGGGGACCAGGUGUUCGAGCUGUACCGGCUCCAGACGACCCUGCUGCGGCGGAGGAGGCUGCGGGAGAUGGUGGAGCGGGACCGGCGGCGGCGGCAGUACCUUCGGCGGCGGAGGGCGUUCUUGCUGUCGUCCAUCGCCGCGAUCCUGAGUCUCAUCACGUCCACCAGCAGACACAUCUGGGUCCGGAACCGAAGCCCCGGACAGAAUUUCUGGUCUUCGGCUCAGUCGUUCGACGAUGAGCAGUGGAAGGCGCAGUUUCGCGUCUCCCGUGCGACCUUCGACUACCUGCUGGAGCGGAUCGAACCGGCCAUCAAACGCCGCCGGACGAACUACCGCGUCCCCAUCGAGCCGCGCCGCAGACUGGCCAUCACCCUGUGGUGGUUCGCCCGCUCCGGAGAGUACCGCUCCAUCGCCGACAUGUUCGGAGUGGGGAUCGCCACCGUGUGUGUGAUCGUGCGGCAGGUUACUUCGGCCAUACUGGAACGGCUGUACCGGCGCUUCGUGUCGCUGCCGGCCGGGCAGCGGCUGGACGAGACCAUGAGCGCCUUCAAGGACCGCUGCUACCCGCAGUGUGCGGGGGCCAUCGGCCGGACUCACAUCCCCAUCGCUACUCCGAGAGACAACCCGGAGCACUACCUGAACCGGAGGGGCUGGCACUCCGUCAUCCUGCAGGCGGUGGUCGACCACGACGUCCGCUUCACUGAUGUGUAUGCUGGCUGGCCUGGAAGUAUCAGCAGCGCCUCCGUGCUGUGCAGCUCAGACCUGUACCUGAAAGCAGAGGACCGGCCCGAUGGUUACCUGUUCCCCAGAGAGAAGUCAGUGUUGUGUGACGGCGUGGAGGUCCCCGUCCAUCUCAUCGGCGACACGUCGUUCCCUCUGAAGCCAUGGCUGAUGAAGGGAUACAGCUCGGAGCACCAGCUCACUGCUGAGCAGCGCCGCUUCACCUGCACCCUCAGCUCCGCCCGCGCUGUGGUGGACACUGCCUUCACACGGCUGAAAGGACGCUGGAGGUGCCUCCUGAAGAAGAGCGACAUCGACGUCUCCAUGAUGCCACGAGUCGUGGCGGCCUGCUGCAUUUUGCACAACAUCUGUGAGAACAGAGGAGACAGCUUCCUGCCAGAGUGGAACAUUGAGAUGGCGCCCACUGCAGGUCAUCUGAUACAGCCCGACACUGAACCGUAUGAAGAGGACACGUACUGCACUGCUGAGGUGAUCAGACACACCCUCACCUAUAACCUGUUGACUAUACUGCAGUACUGAGCCUUCAGGAGGGCCUCAGUGUCACCUGAGCAGGUGAGACAGCAGCUCAGUAGAAACUGAACCAUCAUUACUGAGUCGUCUGCCGGAUCGCCUGCCCUCUGCUGGAGCAGCUAACAGCACUUUAUAUGAAAAUCUUUUACAAGUUUAAAAAAGCAGAACAGUGAUCAACAUCUGCUCCUCUCUAUGACACCACCAACACUAAGGCAGCUGAAACAUGUGCUGAACGUUACUGUAGUAAUCAGAUUACUUAGGUCAUCACUGUUUAAUAAAAUGGAUCUGCAUCAAUGAACCAUCA